UUCGGUCAUUCAGAGCGUUUCAGUUAGCGAACGUGCGAGUUAGUUAUAUUAAAAUAAAAACGAUUUGAUUAUUCUGACGAAAUGGAAUUUAGAGAUUCUUUUUUUGUAACCCUUGUGAUAUUAUUAACGUCAACUUCAUCCAAAAUUCUGUGCUAUGCCAUUGUUUGCUACAAAUGUGAUUCCAUCUCACUUGAGGCAUGUGCCACCUCAUUAAAUGUUACGGAAUUGCCAUACGAGAACUGUCCUUCAGCGUCCUUGCAAUGUACAAUGUCCAUAGUCGACUCCAUCACAUAUCGAGGAUGUUCAAGUACCACCCCAAGCAUUGGUGCUACAUAUAGCAAGAAAUGCAAUACAAACCUUUGCAAUGUUGGCGUAUAUCCUCCGGGUAGAAUGAAAUGUUAUCAGUGCAGUGAUGUAAGUUGUGCCUCCAGUCCCCAAGGAAAACCACAUCCCUGUCGAUACCAUCAAGAGGUAGAUCAAUGCUAUUUGGAUAUACGCUCUGCCACGGAGGUGUAUCGAGGAUGUCGCUCUGACACCAAUCACACUAUGGCAAAUACUGUCAUCUAUUGCGAUUACAAUGGAUGCAACGAAGAUUCAGCGUUUGGAAAGCUAAAAUGUGCAUAUUGCGAUUCCAAAUUGAGCUUAGGAUGCAAAAGAGACCUAAUGACACCAUCGAAUAUCACCCAGUUCGAAAUGUGCGAAAUGGACAUGCCGCUCAAUGGAAACAACAGCUGUUUUCUAUAUAGGAACGUUGAUCAUGUAGUAAGAGGUUGCUCCGACCGGCACAUAACAAACGAGAUAAAACUUAAUAUGAAACGCGUUACCAAUUGUACCAAUAAGGACUUCUGUAAUACUGGUAACCUGCCACUGCAACAGUGUUUACAGUGUAACUCAGAAUUAGGAAAUGAUAACUGUCGUUAUCUACCCACUAGUGUAAGUAAAUCCGUUUGUGGCGCUGCAGAAGCAUCGUCCUGCUAUGCUCAAGAAUUUGUUAACUGGCAUGUGCAGCGAGGAUGCGCUAGAGCCCCUCAAAGAAAUGAUGUAAAUCGUCAAUACGAAUGUGAUGAUAGGGACGACUGCAACGCAACUCCAUUCAUCCGAUGCUACAAAUGUUCCACCGAAAGUAACAAGGACUGCGGUACUUGGCAGAAGCCAGGCUUCUUACAAAUCGAGGAGUGCCAGCAACAAGGAGCUAAUUGUCUAAUUGCAAAAUUCAAAAACGGCGUUACCGAGCGGGGUUGUGAAAACGAACAUUUCAAUUGCUCCCUGAGUACGGUUGUCGAUUGUCAACAAUGUCAAGGAAGUUUUUGUAAUCGCAACACCUAUCCCACAGCCCGCUUGCUGUGUUACCAAUGCGGCUCUGAAUCAAAUGAUUGUAGCAAGGUCUUAGCACAAGUCCCCCUCCCAUGUCCGCAAAGUGAGCUGGAACCUGUGAACGGCGGAAAAUCGGAAUGUUUUGAAUAUUUCAAUAAUCCCCUCAAUCGCGCCGUUCGUGGAUGUGCCUCAAAUUCCACAGAAUAUUAUAGAUGCAUGCUGCAAUCCAAAUCAGGUUGUCGUUUGUGUUCUACAGACGGUUGCAAUAAUCAAAUGUCAAGGCUAGCAAGUGACUAAAAGGAUCUAAAAUUUUAAUUUAAUCGUGUAAUUAUAAUAACCCAUAAUAAUAAUUUUUUUUGCGAAUACGGUCGUUAAUAUUCAAA